AUGCCGGUGAGCGCCUUGCAGCGGGCGAAGCGUGUCCUCGUCUCCGUGCUGCUGUCUCUUGCAGCAGCCUACGGCCUGGACUUGAAGCUGGCACGGGAGGCGAGUGACGACGAGGUCACCAAGGCCUUUCGCCGGGUAACACGACGUGUGCAUCCAGACAAAGGCGGCGCUGCCGCCGAUGCACAGCGCUUGAACGCUGCAAGGGAUGCUUGGCUCACCGCUACCACGAACUCCAAGGGCAGGGGCCGGCCGGCCCAGGCAAGCCAAGCACCCGCAGCAGCCGCAGCUGCGCUGGCUCCCGCCUGCGACGGCUUUCGUGUACGCUCCGUCGCAGUCCUGCUGACCUACCAGAGCUGGCUCCUGACAGACAGCGCCGCAACCUGGCAGCGUUUCUUGCAGUUCGUGGAAGGGCAAGUGGCCACCUGGAAUGUGCAACACUGGUCGGCGACCAUGGAGCAAAACGCUUCAGGGACCUGCCACCUGCACCUGAUGCUGCAGUUCAGGUCUGCCGUGGACUGUGGGACCAGCCGCUUCUCCUUUGAAGGCACACGCCCCAACGCUAGCCCCCACGACUACCUCGGAGAAGGCUGGUGCCGCAAGAAGCUCCAGCAGUCCAUCAACCGGGGCAUGUUUUACGUGUGGGCAGAGAAGCUCGGAACGGUGCGCCUGGCUGCUGGAGGCCUCUGCGUGGCCGGCAAUUACGAGCCAUGCUGGACCAAGGCGGCCAUGACGUACCAGGUGCUGGGUAAGUGGCCCGAAACCUUGUGGAAGCAGCGGAAGCUCUCCACAGAACGGUACGAGGACUACCUCUACCUCACACGCGACGGGGUGCUGGCCCGCAAGCGGAACUUGGACGCAGUGCGCGAGCAUGAGGAAGCAGCCGCAGAGCACGCCGUCAUAGAGGCCAACACCGCCCGGCUACGCUCCAACCCAGAGUUGUACCAGCCGUUCCCUCUGGUUCCAGAAGCCCAAGCGUGCCUCGGCACUUUUAAAGAGGACCGGCUUCGGUACCCGCUCCUGGUAGUCUUGGGUGCCUCACAGACCGGGAAGACAGAGUGGGUCAAGUCCCUUUUCAGGAAGCCAUUGGAACUGAAAGUGGGAAGCCUGCAGGUGUUUCCCGAAGCCAUGCGAAGCUUUGACAGACGGGUGCACGACGGCAUCAUUCUGGAUGAUGUUCGAGACAUUGCAUUCCUGUCUGAACAGCAAGACAAGAUGCAAGGGAAGUAUGAUGCCAGAGUGGAGUUUGCAACUACCCCUGGUGGGACGUGUGCUUACAGCAAGUACCUCUUCGCUGUUCCCAUCGCAGUAACCAUCAACAAGAGCACACGCAACCUAGACUUCCUGGACACACAUGACUGGUUGAAGCACCCUAGCAAUCGAGUCCUCCUGAACUUUCCUGACAUCCUCGGCCAGCUCUAG